AGGUUGAAGAGAGAACAAGCUAGCAUGGGUGAAGACAGAAUGAGCCAGAGAAUGAGGACUCUGAAGAAUUGAACAGAACAGAUUACCAGAGUUAGUUUGAGGCCAAGUAGAGCAAGAAAGUCAGAGGUCAAGAGAGAAGCCAGGUUGAAUCAGCCAGCCAGGAGAGGAGUUUGAGCCAAAGUAGUUGAGUUCAACCAGGUAGCAGGGGUUUGAAAUUGGAAAAAAACCUCUGAUAUUAGAUCAAAGCUGUCCUUGGAGGUCUACCUGGUGCCUGUGGGAUAACGACUGUCUCUGAAGCAAGCUUGUUUGGGGUUGGGUUCUUAAAUUGAAGGAGGACCCAAAUAGGCAGUUUCUAGGGUGGUUUUAUAUCAGCCAGCUGCCAUUGUCUUUUGUGUAAAACCUGUCCACAGUUUACUCCAUCAUAUUUAAAGGAUGUGCAGAAGUGAGGAAGAUCAGCUGUGAUGCGAACAAUCAAAAGAAGGUUUAGAAGGAAAAGUCAUUAGGAGGAAUGAGAAUUGUUUAGAAAGAAGAGAGGACUAAAACCUGUAUGAAAUAAGUGUGUAGAAACACAAUUCUCUCUUAAGGCACAUACAAUAUGAAAUUUGCUCUUUUUUUUGCAGGGACAAUGUAAUGUACAAUAUAAAGUAUAUUGUAAUAUAAUGAAAAGCUCAUUAUUUUUAUUUUUCUUGUUUCUUCCCCUUCCCUUCCCUUCCCUUCCCUUCCCUUCCCUUCCCUUCCCUUCCCUUCCCCCCUCUCUCCUUCCUUCCUUCCUUCCUUCCUUCCUUCCUUCCUUCCUUCCUUCCUUCCUUCCUUCCUUCCUUCCUUCCCUGGAGGUAAGGCGGUUGUGUUGAUGCUCUUAGUGGGAGUUCUGAGCAUCUGUACAGAUGCCUUUCUCGGAACCUGAAUGUGGAUCUGUAUGUGCUAUUCUACCCCUUUGCCUCUUUUUUCUCUGCUUUCAUCAUAUUUCUGUUCACUUGUUCCCACCGUGAUCAUGAAGCAGCUGCUUUGUCCUCAUAGUAUGUAUGUAGCAUUGCUCUUCCUGGCUUUUCAGUGAGAUAAUUAUGUAAUUCAAUGCUAAGCAACAAUAAGGUGCACGUUUUGCUGUUAUAAAGUGUGUUACAAUGGGUGUUUCUGCUUAUCUCCAGUAUCUACCUGAAAGACCACCGGGCUAAGGAGGGUCCUAGUUUGCGUUCUGGUGGAUUUUGCCAACUCUCCCUGCAAAGAGAGUGCAUCUGUUUAAACUCUGACCUGCAUGCAUAUUGAUUUUCCCUUAUUGUCUUUCAGUUUGUUAAGAGCUUUACAUUUUUUUUAAAUUAGUAUAUAAUUACAUAAUUUGUUCCUUCUUUUCUUUCUUCCAGUCCUUCCUUUGUAACUCUCUUGAUCUCUGAAGUUCAUGACCUUUCUCUUUAAUUGUGUAUACACACACACACACACACACACACACACACACACACACACACACGAUUUCAGGGCUGACCAGUUGGUAUUAGAUAAGCAGUUGGGAGCUCUCUCUAGGGAAGGCUAGUUCUCCUUCUCCCAGCAUUAUUUAGUUGCCUGUAGUUAUUUGUUUAGGCUCAGAGUCCCCAUGAGGCAUCCCCCUUCCUUGUUAGGAUGUUGUGGUGUCAUCCUUAAUUAGGCCUCAUAUAGUCAGUCAUGUUGAUGAAACUUCAUGGAUCUAGCUUCUCUGACAUUUUAGAAGACACAAUCUCACUGCAACCUUCCUGUUCCUCCGUCUCCUACAGCCUUUGGCUUCCUCUUCCAUUAUGAUUCCUGAGCCUUAGGUAUAGGAGUUGUGUUGUAGAUGCAUCCAUUGGGGCUGGGCACCAUAUGGUCCCUUGUUCUAUGUUUUGAUUGGUUGUGGUUUUCUGUUUGAUCUCCAUUGUAGAGAGACUUUUUUCGUUUUGUUUUGUUUUUAAAAUGAGGGAUGAGACCUAUGCUUACCUGUGAGGAUAAGGAUAAAUAUUUAGAAUGUAGUUAGGAGUUAUGCUGGUUUAGGAAAAUUGUGGUUGUAGGUUCCCCUCAAAGAUGACUUCACUAGCCCGCAGUAGGUAAGCAGAUUACCAGUGCCAGGCAUGCUUUCUCUCUUGCUGAGUAGGUCUUAAGUCCAGUUAGAAAGCUGUGACUGCUAAGGUAUGUUUGCACUGUCAGGAGUGUGGUGCUGUGCUGGUCAUUGUUGAGGUGCAUAGACAUCAUAGCUCACAAGGGUCAUUGGGUGUUUUUCUUCUUUGGAAGCUUGCAUGGUAUCUUCUGGUAUUAAAGCUAACUUAACCCUCAGGGAGAAGGUUUUCAGGUCUAGGUGUAAUCUUCCAGGUCCUGUGACUAAAAUAUCUGGCAUCUUCAGCCUUAGAGAACUAACCUCCACCUGUAGGAAGCCACCAAGGGCAGUAUCAAUAGCCUAUAGUAUCAAUAGCCUAUAGUAUUUUUUUUUUUGCGGGGGGAUCUUUUGGAUUCCCCUUAUCCACUUUUAAGGGUGUUCUCAUGCUUGGUGUAGGGAUUUUUGUUAAUUUAUGCCUAGUCCCUCCAACAAAGUUUCACUAUGGAGCCAUGGAUAGCUUGGAACACACACUGGUCUGUCUGCUUCUGCCUUCUGAGUGCUUGGAUUAGAGGUAUGUAUCCCCUACCUGGCUUAUUAAAAACAUUUAAAAACUUGGCUUGUGUGCAAAAAUAAAAAAACCAUAUAUUUUUGUGAGUCCUCAUCCCAUUUCUGUGUUAGUUAAGUAUCUUUUCUUAUGUAAUAAGGUUGUCUUGUAGGUUUCUCUGGUUACUGCCCUUUUUAUCAAUUUAUCUUCUGUGCUAUUGGAUCAGAGAGAUUUCUGUUUAUGCUGUGCCUCUUUACCUGCUCAUUUUACACCUUGGCUGUGUUUACAUUUUGUUAUUAUUGUUAUAGAACAUAUAAACACCUCUUCUUCCUCCCUCCCUCCAUCCUCUCCCUCCCUUUCUCCCUCUUCUCCCUCCAUCCUCUCCCUCCCUUAUUCCCUCCUCUCCCUCUUUCUGUGUGUGUUUGUGUGUGUGCACACAUGCAUGUGCAUAUGUGGUCAUUAUUGUGUUCAUGUGUGGAGACCAGUGUUUGAUAUUAUGAUGUCUGACUCUGUCACUGUCCUACCUUAUUUUUUGAGACAGAAUCUUUUCACUGAACCUGAAGUUUGAAGUUUGGGCUCGACAGAGAGGCCAGGAUUUACCUACCCCUGCUCAUAGUGUUGGAGUUUACAGACAUGUGUAACCAUGCUCAUUUUUUAAUAAGUAUGGGUGUUUUCCUUGCGUGUAUGUUGGUAUGCCAUGUGUAUAGCUUGGUGCCUAAGGAGGCCAGAGAGCCAUCAGACAGCUCUGUGCUUCCAUGUAGGUGCUGGGAAUGGAAACUGGGUCCUCUGUAAGUGUUAUCAGUAUUCUCAACUGUUCAGUCAUGUCUUCAGCCCCACAGAUGACUUCAUAGGUAGGUUCUAGGGAAUCCAAUUUAGGUUUUUAUAUUUCUGUAGAAGGCAUUUUAUCAACUCAACCACCUCAAGCUAGAUAUAAAUAUUUUUAUAUAAGGUUUAUCUGUGUUUUGUGAUUUUUUUCUGGCUUUAUAAAAAUUGUUAGAACUCUAUCAAAUUAUACUGAGGACUUUUCUACUGUAAUAUUGUUGUGAGGAGUGUCCUGUGGUAUUCUGUGAUUUAAUUCGUAGAUUUAAAUCCUUGGUUUCCUGGGCAUUUAUUUUACUGUACAGAGUGAGGAAGACUAACUCACAGCCGCAGGGUCUCUGUUGGAUGACAGGGAUUUGUACAGGGCUGCUGUGACCGUCCUCUCGGCUUGGAGUCAUCACAGAGAUUGGGAUAUACUAGGAUUUGUCUCAGUAGAAGCUCGAAUAUUUUCCCAGUUGUUUUUAUGUAAAAUGUCAGGAAAUUUUUCCAAAUCCCUACUGUCAGAAACAGUUGGUUUUCUAAACCUGUUUUCAGAUUUGCCAACAAAUUGUAGUUUCUAUCAGGAAACUAACCCUGUGUCAAUUUUCAAAGCUGCAGGAUUAAAUCAGCAAGUAUUCUAGAAGUUGCAGGAAGGGAAAGGUAUUGUAUAAGCCAAGUCAGUAGAAGUUCAUUUUCCAUGCUUUCAAGUGAGGAAACUCAAGAGUAGCUCUUAGGUGGUGGUAUGGUGUGUCUUGUCUUUCCUUUUCUUAUUCACUCACUCACUCACUCACUCACUCACUCACUCUCCCACUCACUCACUCACUCACUCACUCUCCCACUCACUCUCCCACCCACUCACUCACUCACUCACUCACUCACUCACUCACUAUGUGUGGACCUGGGUGUAAAAGUCAGGGCUCCAUAUUUUCUGCUGCUGGGAAGGAGACUAGUACCCAGGACUUCAGGGCACAUCUGGGGUUGGUGAAAGCUGUCGUGUAGUGUACAGUGUCACUUGGCCUUACCUCCUAGUAAGCUGUUUACCAUCAGCAUGGACCUCUCCAGUGUAAAUGUGUAAACAUGUUUCGUGUUUUAAUGUCCUUUAAUAAUUGUCAAUGCCUUUCAAUUUUUAACACCUUUUUUUGUUUCUUUGAUGGGCCAUGGAAGGCUCUUUUUUCCUGUCUUAAUCUGGCCACUUGAGCAAAGGUAUACCUGGCAGUUAUCUGAGUGGAAGGAAAGAUAUGUAACAUAAGAAGGCAGGAAGUCUGGCAGGUUCCUAGACAAUGCAUAUCUUCCCUAUUAAUUGUGAGGUGUGUAACUGCCUUGCAUGGUGCUGAGCACAGGACACUGGUAUGUGUAGUUAUCCUUUCUAGUUUUCUGUUUGUCCUUUAAAAGGCUGAGAUACAAGCAGAAGCCUGCUUUUUGAAAAUACCUAUUACCUGGAAACUUGAGAUAAGAAAAAUAGUUAUUAAAAGUAGAUAAUUAGCAAAAGAUCACCCUGAUUAGGGCUCUGGUUUUAUUAUGUAGGUCAUGGAGCCUGAGGCAGUGGGAGGGUCUAAGGUAUGACAGGUGCACAGUCAUAUGCAGUGAGUGUGUGCCUGGGGUUUCCUGUCUGUAGUCCCAACUGUAAUGAAACCACAUCAUCACCUGCCACUGGUAUGGCAGCCACACUCCUGAGUGUGCAUCAGCAGAGCUGACCCACCUGGACACCGUGCUGCUCCACAUCCCAUGCCUUGAGGAUCUCACAAGACAAGCAAGAUGGAGACAGAAAGUGAGACUAGCUCUUUGGGGGAUGACAGUGUGUUUUGGUUGGACUGUGAAGGUGUAACCCAGCUGACUGAUGGUGACGAGGAAGAAAGGGAAGAGAGUUUCAGAAAGAUGAAGUCCUCAAUACAUUCUGAAGAGGAUGAUUUUGUUCCAGAGCUACAUAGAAAUGUUCACCCCCGAGAGCGGCCUGAUUGGGAGGAAACACUCAGCGCAAUGGCAAGAGGAGCAGAUGUCCCUGAGAUCCCUGGAGACCUGACUCUUAAGUCCUGUGGCAGUACAGCGAGCACGAAGGUUAAGCAUGUGAAGAAGUCCACCCCUCCUGGACUGAUGGGCUGUGACAACAUUCACAGGUUACCCUUCACAAAGGGACACUUUCCAAAGAUGGCUGAAUGUGCACAUUUUCAUUAUGAGAACGUGGAGUUUGGCAGCAUACAGCUCUCACUAUCAGAAGAACAGAAUGAAGUAAUGAAAAAUGGCUGUGAAUCUAAAGAGCUGGUCUACCUCGUGCAGAUUGCCUGUCAGGGCAAGAGUUGGAUUGUUAAAAGAAGUUAUGAAGAUUUUCGGGUACUCGACAAACAUCUUCAUCUCUGCAUUUAUGACCGCCGAUUCUCCCAGCUCACAGAGCUUCCCCGCUCUGACGUCCUGAAGGACAGUCCUGAGUCGGUUACUCAGAUGCUUACAGCUUACCUGUCACGCCUUUCAACUAUCGCUGGCAACAAGAUCAACUGUGGGCCUGCCCUUACCUGGAUGGAGAUCGACAAUAAGGGAAACCAUCUUCUAGUUCACGAGGAGUCGUCCAUCAACACUCCUGCUGUCGGUGCUGCCCAUGUUAUCAAGCGCUACACCGCUCGGGCCCCUGAUGAACUGACAUUAGAGGUGGGAGACAUCGUUUCUGUUAUUGACAUGCCUCCCAAAGUAUUAAGCACAUGGUGGAGAGGCAAGCAUGGAUUUCAGGUGGGACUCUUCCCUGGUCAUUGUGUCGAGUUAAUUAACCAGAAAGUUCCUCAGUCAGUAACCAACUCAGUGCCAAAACCAGUGUCUAAAAAGCACGGCAAGCUCAUUACUUUCUUGCGAACAUUCAUGAAGUCUCGCCCAACAAAACAGAAGCUAAAGCAGCGGGGCAUCUUGAAAGAGAGAGUAUUCGGUUGUGACUUGGGGGAGCACCUCCUCAAUUCUGGGUUUGAAGUGCCCCAGGUUCUUCAGAGCUGCACAGCGUUCAUCGAGAGGUAUGGCAUUGUGGAUGGGAUAUAUCGUCUCUCUGGCGUUGCCUCCAAUAUCCAGAGACUUCGUCAUGAAUUUGAUUCUGAGCAUGUCCCCGACCUGACAAAAGAACCUUAUGUUCAAGACAUCCAUUCUGUGGGCUCCCUCUGUAAGCUGUACUUCCGAGAACUCCCAAACCCUCUGCUCACCUACCAGCUAUACGAGAAGUUCUCUGAUGCUGUUUCAGCAGCAACGGAUGAAGAACGGUUGAUAAAAAUCCAUGAUGUCAUCCAGCAACUCCCCCCACCACACUAUAGAACCCUGGAGUUCCUGAUGAGACACCUGUCUCUUCUAGCAGACUAUUGCUCCAUCACAAAUAUGCAUGCGAAAAACCUUGCCAUUGUGUGGGCACCAAACCUGCUGAGAUCAAAGCAGAUAGAGUCAGCUUGCUUCAGUGGGACAGCAGCUUUCAUGGAAGUGAGGAUUCAGUCUGUGGUUGUUGAAUUCAUUCUCAAUCAUGUGGAUGUGCUCUUCAGUGGCAAAAUCAGCGCUGUCAUGCAGGAAGGAGCAGCUUCUCUGUCAAGGCCCAAGUCCCUGCUGGUCUCGUCUCCAUCUACCAAGCUGCUGACAUUGGAGGAAGCCCAGGCAAGGACGCAGGCUCAGGUCAGUUCUCCUAUUGUGACGGAAAAUAAGUACAUCGAAGUCGGAGAAGGGCCUGCUGCGCUGCAAGGGAAGUUUCACACCGUCAUUGAGUUCCCACUUGAAAGAAAGAGGCCUCAGAAUAAGAUGAAAAAAUCUCCCGUUGGCAGCUGGCGUUCCUUUUUCAAUUUGGGGAAGUCCUCUUCUGUCUCCAAACGCAAGUUGCAGCGUAAUGAAAGUGAGCCCUCAGAAAUGAAAGCCAUGGCUUUGAAAGGUGGCAGGGCAGAAGGAACCCUCCGCUCAGCUAAAAGUGAAGAGUCCCUUACUUCUCUCCAUGCAGUUGACGGUGAUUCCAAGUUGUUCCGACCUAGAAGACCCAGAUCCAGCAGCGAUGCGCUCUCUGCCUCUUUCAAUGGCGACGUGCUGGGGAACCGGUGCAAUUCCUAUGACAAUCUGCCCCACGACAACGAGAGUGAAGAGGAAGUGGGGCUGCUCCACAUUCCAGCUCUUGUGUCUCCUCAUUCGGCUGAGGAUGUUGACUUGAGUCCACCAGACAUCGGAGUGGCCAGUCUGGACUUUGAUCCCAUGUCAUUUCAAUGUAGUCCUCCAAAAGCUGAGUCAGAGUGUCUGGAGAGUGGUGCUUCCUUUCUGGAUUCAUUAGGUUAUACCAGGGAUAAACUGAGUCCCAGUAAGAAGGAUGCAGAAGCAGGUGGUAGCCAGUCACAGACUCCAGGAAGCACCGCAAGUUCCGAACCUGUAUCUCCAGUCCAGGAGAAACUGAGUCCGUUUUUCACCCUGGACUUGAGCCCCACUGACGACAAGUCUUCUAAGCCAUCUUCAUUUACAGAAAAGGUUGUUUAUGCUUUCUCUCCGAAGAUUGGGCGGAAGCUAAGCAAAUCUCCUUCCAUGAACAUAUCUGAGCCUAUUUCAGUGACUCUCCCACCUCGGGUAUCAGAAGUCAUCGGUACGGUCUCCAAUACUGUAGCUCAGAAUGCAUCACCUACAUCUUGGGACAAAAGUGUGGAAGAAAGAGAUGUCAUAAAUAGAUCCCCCACCCAGCUGCAGCUAGGAAAGAUGAAAGCAGGUGAGAGAGAGGCACAGGAGACCUGUGAACCAGAAGCACAGCCCCUGGAACAGGGGGCAGCUGAAGAAGUAGAGUUGCCAGGGACAGAGGAGCGGCCUGUCCUGAGCAGUCAGAGCAAGGCUGUACCGUCUGGACAGAGUCAGACAGGAGCAGUUACCCAUGACCCCCCUCAGGAUCCCGUUCCUGUCAGUUCAGUCUCUCUUAUCCCACCACCACCGCCUCCGAAAAAUGUCGCCCGAAUGUUGGCACUAGCGUUAGCUGAGUCUGCACAGCAAGCCUCAAGUCAGACACUGAAGAGACCAGGGGCUUCCCAGGCUGGGUGCACUAGUUAUGGAGACACGGCAGUCGUUCCAUCUGAAGAGAAGCUGCCUAGUUCCUACUCUAGCCUUACUCUAGAUAAAACCUGUUUCCAAACGGACCGGCCAGCAGAGCAGUUCCACCCGCAGAUCAAUGGACUCGGAAACUGUAACCAGCCUCUCCCUGAGGCAGCAGCUAUGGGAGGUCCCACCCAGUCCAACACAACUGACUCUGGGGAGCAACUCCACCAAGUAGACUUAAUAGGGAAUUCGCUACAUCGAAACCAUAUAUCUGGGGAUCCAGAAAAGGCUAGAAGCACUUCAGCUCCCUUAACAGACUCAGAGAAGUCUGAUGAUCAUGGAAGUUUCCCUGAAGACCACGCUGGGAAGAGCAGCGUGUCCACUGUCUCCUUUUUGGAGCAGGACCAGUCUCCACUCCAUUUCUCCUGUGGAGAUCAGCCCCUCUCUUACCUUGGUACCAGUGUGGAUAAACCCCACCAUUCCUCAGAACUUACAGACAAAUCUCCCAUGCCUUCUACUUUGCCUAGGGACAAAGCCCACCACCCUCUCUCUGGGUCCCCUGAAGAGAAUUCCAGCACAGCCACCAUGGCUUACAUGAUGGCAACUCCAGCAAGAGCGGAACCGAGCAACAGCGAGGCCAGCAGGGUCCUGGCUGAGCAGCCCUCGGCUGCUGAUUUUGUGGCUGCCACCCUUCAGCGCACGCACAGAACUAAUCGGCCCCUCCCUCCACCUCCUUCCCAGAGGCCUGCAGAGCAGCCACCAGUUGUGGGGCAGGUACAAGAAGCACCAAGUAUAGGAUUAAAUAAUUCCCACAAGGUCCAGGGAACGGCUCCAGCUCCCGAGAGGCCACCUGAGUCUCGGGCCAUGGGUGACCCCGCACCCAUCUUCCUCAGUGAUGGCACUGCUGCUGCCCAGUGUCCCAUGGGCGCCUCUGCUCCUCAGCCUGGACUGCCUGAGAAGGUUCGGGAAAGCAGCAGGGCUCCACCACUCCACUUACGUGCUGAGUCUUUUCCUGGCCAUUCCUGUGGCUUUGCUGCCCCAGUUCCCCCAACACGGACAAUGGAGAGCAAGAUGGCUGCUGCCUUGCACUCCAGCGCUGCAGAUGCCACCAGCAGUUCAAAUUACCACUCCUUUGUCCCUUCGUCAGCCUCAGUGGAUGAUGUGAUGCCCGUGCCACUCCCCGUCUCACAGCCUAAGCAUGCUUCUCAGAAGAUAGCCUAUUCCUCCUUUGCUAGGCCUGAUGUCACCGCAGAGCCCUUUGGUCCAGAAAACUGUUUGCAUUUCAAUAUGACUCCAAACUGCCAGUUUCGCCCCCAGAGUGUUCCUCCACACCACAAUAAGUUGGAGCCACAUCAGGUAUAUGGUGCCCGGUCAGAGCCACCAGCCUCCAUGGGUCCUCGUUAUAACACCUAUGUGGCGCCGGGAAGAAACAUGUCUGGACACCACUCCAAGCCGUGUAGUCGGGUUGAGUAUGUCUCUUCUCUGGGCUCCUCGGUUAGGAAUCCUUGUUGCCCUGAAGACAUUCUACCUUACCCUACCAUCCGGAGGGUACAGUCCCUCCAUGCACCCCCACCUUCCAUGAUCCGCUCUGUUCCCAUUUCACGGACAGAAGUUCCCCCAGAUGAUGAACCAGCCUACUGCCCAAGACCAGUCUACCAGUAUAAGCCAUACCAGUCCUCCCAGGCCCGCUCAGACUAUCACGUAACUCAGCUUCAGCCUUACUUUGAGAAUGGACGGGUCCAUUAUCGCUAUAGUCCGUACUCCAGCUCCUCCAGCUCCUAUUACAGUCCUGAGGGGGCCUUGUGUGAUGUCGAUGCCUAUGGCACAGUCCAGCUGCGGCCCCUCCACCGCCUGUCCAGUCGGGACUUUGCUUUCUACAAUCCAAGGCUACAAGGAAAGAACGUGUACAACUAUGCUGGUUUGCCUCCACGCCCACGGGCCAAUGCAACUGGCUAUUUCUCUGGUAAUGACCAUAAUGUAGUCACUAUGCCCCCCACUGCUGACGGAAAGCACACCUACACCUCAUGGGACCUUGAGGACAUGGAAAAAUACCGCAUGCAGUCCAUCCGCCGAGAGAGCCGAGCACGGCAGAAGGUAAAAGGGCCUAUCAUGUCGCAGUAUGACAACAUGACACCAGCUGUGCAAGAAGACUUGGGAGGGAUCUAUGUCAUCCAUCUGCGCAGCAAAUCAGAUCCUGGGAAAACUGGACUUCUCUCUGUGGCAGAGGGGAAAGAGGGACGGCACCCAGCCAAGGCUGUCAGUCCUGAGGGGGACGAGCGUUUCUACAGGAAGCACCCAGAGUCCGAAUUUGACAGAGCCCACCAUCAUGGAGGGUAUGGCAGCACACAGGCAGAAAAGCCAUCCCUCCCGCAGAAGCAAAGCAGCCUUAGGAACAGAAAGCUUCACGAUAUGGGUUGUAGCCUCCCAGAGCACAGGGCGCAUCAGGAAGCAAGCCAUAGGCAAUUAUGUGAAUCAAAAAAUGGACCACCUUAUCCCCAGGGAGCUGGCCAGUUAGAUUAUGGGUCCAAAGGGAUGCCAGACACUUCUGAGCCAAGCAACUACCAUAACUCUGGGAAAUAUAUGACAUCAGGGCAGGGGUCUCUAACCCUGAACCACAAGGAAGUGAGGCUUCCCAAAGAUCUGGACAGACCUCGAGCCAGGCAGCCACCUGGCCCUGAGAAACACUCCAGAGACUGCUACAAGGAGGAGGAACACUUCUCUCAGUCUAUGGUCCCACCCCCCAAACCAGAGAGGAGUCACAGCCUAAAACUUCACCAUACCCAGAACCUGGAGAGGGACCCCAGCGUGCUAUACCAGUAUCAGACACACAGCAAGCGCCAGAGCAGCAUGACUGUUGUGUCCCAGUAUGAUAACCUGGAGGAUUACCACUCCCUGCCCCAGCACCAGCGAGGAGGCUUUGGAGGGGCGGGCAUGGGGGCCUAUGUGCCCUCUGGCUUUGUCCAUCCACAGAGCAGGACAUACGCCACAGCAUUGGGUCAGGGGGCCUUCCUGCCCACAGAGUUGUCCUUGCCACAUCCCGACACGCAGAUCCAUGCAGAAUGAGCCCCGGGAGCAAUAGAGUUGAAGCAGCCUCUGCUGGACAGUGGACUGUUCUAUUUUUUUUCCAAUAACCAAAAAGAUUUAAGAAAGAAAAAAAAGCUACAAACCCCUUGGCCACAUGAAAGAA